AGCACUGUUUUAGAGGGUUUUUUAAAACCUUUUUAUUGUAUUUAUUUAUCUAUCUAUCUAUUGUUAAUGACCAGCAUGUCAUAGAUAUUCAUAUUUAAUUCGGAAUAUUCCUCUAGGAGAAAAAUAGACUGAUUACAUAACCUUGACGAUCUUUGAACUGCAGUUUUCUUUAAUUAUGUAUAUUUUCCCAACAUUGUUAUGUACCCGCUGACGUCAUAGUUUACAAACCUUGACGCGUUUUAGUAGCUGCGCGUUUCCGCCGCGUCCACUCUCAUGAUGUCAAAACCCCCUACAGCUAAUUCACAAAAGACUCGCCGCCGUGCCGAGCGCUCCGAUUGGACGAAGCAGGAGCCACAGGAAGCGGCGCCGGGCUCGCUGAUUGGCUGCCGUUCUCUUUGUGUGCGGGCAGCUGGCGUCUGGGCUGCAUUUUGAAUGGUCUCGUAUUGGAAGGCGAAGGUGUCCAUGGGCAGCACAGCAACAAAGGAGCCAGGAUGGUGUUAGUGCACGUCGGAUAUCUGGUUCUUCCCGUCUUCGGUUCCGUCAGAAGUAGAGGAGCACAUUUUAGCAGGCACCAGCAUAGUCAUGCUACCUCCUGCCGGCAUUUUCACCUGGCUGCUACAGCAACGCCUCUGCCUGCUGAGUUCCCGCCCCCUCAUCUGCCCCCGCCCCAGUACCAGGAAGUCCCGCCCCCUUUCCUACCUCAGGCCUUACAGCAGCAAUACCUCAUCCAGCAACAGCUACUGCAGCGCAGACGCACACAGGAGCGAGUCCCGCUGAACACGCAUCGGUUACGCCCAGGAUAUGAAUAUGCUCCGCCCCUCCACGUCCCACAGCCAAUCCCACAGCAGCCCAGAUACCUGGCGGAAGGCACCGACUGGGAUCUGAGUGUGGACGCAGGUGUGCCACAUCAGUAUCCUCUGCAGCAGAUUCCUCAACCCUACCAGCAUUACCUGGCCUCUCCCAGAAUGCACCACCUCCCCAGGAACACCUCCUCCACCCAGGUGGUUGUCCAUGAGAUAAGGAAUUAUCCAUAUCCACAGCUCCACCUGCUGGCGCUGCAGAGCUUGAGUCCCAGCAGACAUUCUUCUGCUGUUCGGGAGAGUUAUGAGGAGCUGCUGCAGUUAGAGGAUCGAUUGGGAAGCGUCAGCCGAGGGGCCGUGCAGACCACCAUAGAGAGAUUCACCUUCCCGCACAAAUACAAGAAGCGGAAGCCGCUGGAUCUGAAGUUAUGUGAGAGUGAGGAAGAGUCUGAUGUGGAUGAGAAAUGCACCAUCUGCCUCUCCAUGCUGGAGGAUGGAGAAGAUGUCAGGCGGUUACCCUGUAUGCAUUUGUUCCAUCAGGCGUGUGUGGAUCAGUGGUUGGCCACCAGUAGGAAGUGUCCCAUCUGCAGAGUGGACAUCCAAACACAGCUCACCCCCGAGAGCUGAAACAAACACGCAUUAACAAAUAACUCACACACACAUGCUCUCUUUCGCUCUUAUACAUCCACAGAUAUGUCUGUACAGACAUUUCCAUCCACACACACACACUGUAUAUUACCUACACACGUGUAUGAGCCAUCCAACACACACUAAACACACACUCACACGCUUUACUGAGCCAAUGACAAUAACUGACACUACACACACUCACACACAUGCUGGUAGAACUUACUAAAGGGUCUGUCGCAAGGAGUGAUUCUGUCUGUAGGGAAAUGGUGUGUGUCCGUAGCAUGUGUGUGUAUUUGUGCAAUUCCUUAAGCCAUGAACUUUACUAAAGACCCUCAGCUUGCAUACAAUACACACACACACACUUACACACUAAUUAUAAUGUAUACACAAUGAAGCGGAUAAGACACUGUCAAAUCUAGCUGCUGGAGUGUGUGUGUGUGUGUGUGUGUCCACUGUAUUUCUGAUCUGCAAUACUGCUUUAGUCUUACACACUGGAGCUACUUCGGCUUGCGUGUGUGCGUAUGUGCGCUUGUUCACCAUUUUGGUGCGCGUGUAUCGUAUGUGUGUUAAUAUUUUCAUGGGUCACUGGGUUAGCGGUGCACGACGGUGCAUGUAGAGAAGCCAAAAAAAGAACACAUGCUCAACGAAAACAUUUCCGAGACAGCAGGAGGAGGGCUGUUGUCUUACACACACAAAAAAAAAACAAACAAAGUAGGCGGAGAAUGUCGUGAUUGGUGGAUUUGUGUAGAUAGGCGCAGUAGUAGUUGCAUGCAUCUGUGCUUGGGUUGUUGUUUCAAGGUACACCUGGAAGUGUGUGUGUAUGUGUGAGAACGCAUGAAUGUGUAUUAGCUCCUUUAAGCUGUGACGAUCCGUAACAUUAUCAGACUCAUGUAGCGCGCGCGUGUGUGCGAGAGAGAGAGAGAGACCCUGCCAUGACCUUUGACCCUAAAUGCCUACUGAAAAAAGCACAUGUGAGCAUAGCUGAAGUGCCCGGCCUCACUCUGGUGCUGCGCUGCCAUGGUUACUGUAUUUAUUAUUGGUAUUUAAAACAUGCAGUGUUUGGAGGGGGGCGGGGCUUGUGCGUGUCCAACCAUGUUCUUGUGUGACAGGUUUCCCCUCGUGGUUGCUAUGCUGGAUGCUAUGCUGUAUUGCUAGAACUACAAUGUAGAAUGUCGUGUGAUAGAGGACCAUCCGCCAACAGCACACAAACGGGUCGAGUAUUUGCCCCACCAAGGCCCGAAACAUACGCAAUUUUAACAGUUUUCUGCUAUGAUUAGUUUUCUAUUUCAGGUCAGAUGUUUUGGGGGUUUUUUUUUUUUAAGAGAAUCUUGCUGAGCAAGUUAAAAUUAGUGAAGCUUUUGACAUGUUUACAGCUAGCAACAUGAACAAUAGCACAUCUGGUAUAAUGGUGCAGACGUUUGAACACCGUAUAAAGCACUGUAUAAAUGCACAUUAAAAAAGGGAAGCAUGCUUGCAAUGUGUACGUUUCUGGCCUUAGGCCAUGUGUCCAAAAAUGUUUUUUUCCAGCGGCCUACUUUUCCAAUUGUUUCCAAUGGGAGCGCCGCGUUUUUUAAACGCCAGGAGCGCUACUAGCUUAACGCUCAAUUGCUUAGGGCUCGCCGUUUUUUUUUUUUUUUUUUUUUUACCAGUCGCUGAGAGUUGAAGAAUGUUCAAUCACUGUCGCUCUUUACCCAGCCGUCCAAUCACAGUGGAAGAGGGGCGGGACCAACCGCCACAUUCUGCUUGUACAACAUCAACGGAUGACAACAAGCACAACAACCGAACAAAAUCAUUAAAAACAAUACCCAGAGCAAAUACUUUACAUUGGAUCAACAUUUUUAUAUAAAACAAUGCGGAAACAAACUAUCUGUGAAAUAAGAUACUAGAAACACUCCCACUGAUAUUCCAUAUAUCAUAACAAGCAAAACGUUUCAACUGAAAAAAACGCUCUCAAGCGCCCACAGCUAGGCGUUUUCAGCUGGCUAAAAACGCUUUGGUGGACACGUGGCCUUACACUUUUUAGUUGUUUUGUUUUUUAAAGCAUAAUUUUAACAACUUACUUUUUAAAUGCAUUGUUUUUCAAAACUUCUGGUUUAGUUUGGCUUCAAAUGCAAAUUUGACCUAAAAGACAAUUGCAACAUUUUUGAGGCCAUUUUAAAAACCACUUCAGUUUUUUUAAAAAAACACUUUGUUUCAGCCAAUGAGCUGUGUUUUUGCCUGUGCAUCGGCUCCCCCCCCCCACAGUGUUCUGUGUGCUGAUUGGUGGAUGAUGGCUCGUGUUGAUCGUUUACACAGGGUUAUGUCCGUUGAAAUGCCUUAAGUAUUUAACAAUCAUAAUUUAUUACUAACUGUAGAUAUUGUGGGUGCGUAUUUAAUUUUGUAUAGUUUCAUUUUUUGCAAUGGAAUCAUAUUUUAUUUAUUUAGAAAUAACACAAAAUGAUUAAAACUCUUACCUCAUGUUUGAGUUGGUUUGCGGGAAUGCUUCGCAUGCGGUUGGUCGUGUUCGUGUGUGUUUCUCCCUUUGGUGCUGUGACCUUACUGACAUUCCGCUUGCUGAUUGGUCAGACACGGCAGCGGAGUGGGAGUAUUAUGGGUUUUGAUUCGCUGUCCUGUUUGCACUCUUAGUUUUCCAAGGCCACCCUCUCACUGGCAUCGUUUUUUACCACUCUGGCGACCUUUGCAACAAUCUUUCUCUCUUUCUCUCUGUAAGUCUUUCUUACAUUGUUAAUGUUUACAUGAUCUUUACCUCUCUCGUCUCAUAUCUGUCUAUAGUUUGCUAGUGUUUAACACUUUUAUUCUCGUUAAUGUUUACAUCCUCUACUUGCUUUCUUUCAGUCUUCUCAUGCUUUUUCUGUCUUGAACAGUCUUAAAUUGUUAAUGUUUACAUCUAAGGGUGUGUUCAUAAUCUAGUGAGCUUCCCUACAUAGGUGAUUACCUUCUAAGGCAGCAUACUAACCUCAUAAAUGACUGUUUUGAAACGCACUACAUAGGCAGCAACAAAUACACAACGCACAAUAGCGUUUCAUAUUAGCAUAUUGCUAAGCUAACAAAGCGAUAGGCAUGAAAAAUAUAUUGCAUGCAUAAAUAUUGGUUAAAAAAGUCCAUUGUUAAUUACAUAGAACUGUUUUUAUCAGUACAUUUGGGUACUAAAAUAUAGAAGCUUUUUUCCACCAUGAAAUAAAUAAUAAAAAAGCGACUUUUUAUCUCAAUCUUGACUUUUUUUCCUCUGAAUUGCGAGAUAUGAACUCGCGUAAAGUCAGAAUUGCGUGAUAUAAACGCAAGUAUGAAAAGUCAUCAGAAUUGCAAAUUUAUAUCUUGCAAUUCUGACUUUAAAACUCGAGCGAGGAAAAAAAACGUAGAAUUGUGAGAUAAAGUCGCAAUGACCUCUUUUUUUAUUUUUUUUAUUUAGUGGCGGAAACAAGCUUCCAUACUAAAAUGAAUUAUAUUUAUGAUUGUGCCCGCAUUCUCCACCAUAUUUUGUGACCGAGAUUAUCACAGUGCAUUUUGGGAUUGCAUUCCCUAUUAAGCAUGCAUGUGAUUUUAGAUCCUUUAUAACAGCCAUCGCCCUGGCAGUGUGCAUAUGGUGUUGUCUAACCUAGGUAGGAGGCUUACUAGGAUUUGGAACAAGCCCAAGUCUUUCUCUCAAUCUCUCAUUCCUUGUGCCUAUUUCUGUUUUAUUCUCAAUCUUCAUCUCUGAUAUUGACAGUCGGCGAUUUCAGACUGUCUCCAGGGCAUGUGAAACCUCUCUCUUCCUAGUUUAUUUUGCCAGUCUCUCUCUCUUUCUCUCUUUCUCUUUCUCCCUGUCUCAUGGCAGGGUCAGGACUAACAGAGUAUGAUAAAGCACAACAGAUUUAAAAUGCAUGUUUCUCAGGUUUGAAUAUAUACAUGACUAAAUAGAAAUAUACAGCUACAUAGAGAAAAUAAAGACUAGUGCAGAUGUUCUACUAAUGAUAUUAGAGGAUUGAUUUUUUUGCUGCUGCUUGCAUUUGAAAAACAAAACAAAACCAACAACAAAAAAAGACAUUAAUAAUAAUGUUGUCCUAAAAGUGCCAGUGACAGGGGUGCCGCGUGCUGUGGGUGUUUUUUCACUAGCGGAUUUUCUAGCAGAAUAUAGACUAUUUAUCAUUCAUAUUAAAGCAAUAGCGCCUCCUGCUGGUGUGACUGCUAGUACGUAACUGGUCGAGUAAAAAAAAGUCUGUGUAAAAUGUUAGAAUUCUCUUUUGGUGGAAUUUUUGUACCUUAUUUAUUACUACUACUAAUGAUGAAUUUAAAAGUGGCAUUGCUAAAAUGUUUUUGGUUUUGUUUCGUUUUGUUUUCAUUUUGUUUAAUUUCAAAGCUUGUACAUUAUCCUUUUUGUAUGUGCUCAUUUUGUAAUAAAAACUGUUGAAAUGCUUAAA